AUGAGUAAAUUCUUCCCCGUUCUUACUAGAAAACUAACCCAUAUUUGCAAUUUAAAACCUUAUAAAGAUACAAAGUGGUUGAUGCCGAAUGGGAAUCCAAUAGGAGUAUAUAUUUAUAAUUGUGUUGCUGAAGAACGAGUCCCUAUUAUAUUAAAUGAUCCUUCAAUUGCUACGUGGUAUUCAUGCGGUCCUACAGUAUACGACUCGGCGCAUAUAGGUCACGCUUGUUGUUACGUUAAACUGGACAUCAUACAGAGAAUAUUAAAGUCUUUCUUUAAUAUAAAACUCGUCACCGCCAUGGGAAUUACCGACAUUGAUGAUAAAAUUAUAAAACGCGGUAAUGAAACUAAAAGUGACUUCAGAAUGGUAGCUAAGAAAUAUGAGCAUGAGUUUUGGAUAGAUAUGGCUAGCUUAAAUAUUGAAAAACCCAUGAUCGUAACUCGAGUAUCUGACCAUAUUGAUACAAUCAGCAAUUUCGUAAAAGGCCUAAUAGAUUCUGGCAUUACUUAUAUAGCUAAAGAUGGCUCUGUAUAUUUUGACACUUCAAAAUAUCCCGCAUAUGGAAAAUUGCAAACUAUGCAAGAUAAUGGUGAUCCUAGUAAUGAAGCUAAGAGGAAUAAAAUGGAUUUCGCCUUAUGGAAGGGUUAUAAACCAAAUGAGCCUUCAUGGGAAACUACAUGGGGUAAAGGCAGACCAGGUUGGCAUAUAGAAUGUUCAGCGAUGGUUAGUAAAGUGUUUGGUUCUCAAUUAGAUUUCCACGCAGGUGGGAUUGACUUACAAUUUCCACAUCAUGAAAAUGAAGAAGCUCAGUCUUGUGCCUUUCAUAACACAAGGCAGUGGGCUAACUAUUGGAUUCAUGUUGGUCAUUUAAAACUUAAGGAAACAAAAAUGUCUAAGUCACUUCAAAAUACAAUAUUAAUACCAGAUGUAAUACAAAUAUACAGUUCUGAUAUUUUUAGAAUGGCAUGUCUUAUGUCGAACUAUAGAUAUUCAAUGGAGUAUAGCGAUAAAGUAAUGAUUAAUGCACAAGAUGUCCUCAACAAAUUUAGAUUCUUCUUAAAAGAUGUUGAGACUUAUGUGAAUAAUAGUAAUGCUAGUAGUGGAGAUUAUAAUAAUCAGUUACUAAGUGAAUUACAAAACGUAGAAGAGAGUAACUUAGAGGCGUUAAGAAAUGAUUUUGACACAGCAUCUUGUAUAAAUUCUCUUUUAAAUUUAAUUAGAAUAACUAAUAAGUUGAUGAAGGCUGAUACAUCUGAUUACUAUCCGGUCCCAGUUAUAUUAAUCGCAGAAUACUUAGUACAAAUUUUAACAAAGUUUGGUUUAAAAUUAACCGAGUCAGCUCAUAAUAAAACUUCAAACUCCUUUUUAGAUAUUUUAGUUGAAUUUAGACAUACUGUCCGGGCAAAUGCAUUAGAAAGAAAAGACAAAGAAAUAUUAAGUGCAUGUGAUGUAAUGAGAGACAAAAUGAAGUCCAUGAAAAUACAAAUAAAUGAUAGUAAUGACAACUCAUCUUGGGUGCAUAUAAAA